AAAUUAGGCCACCAGGUCGAUGAGAUAUAAGAAAUGCUCUGCCUCGCCUCCAGCCCCUUCUCUCAUCAUCUUAUACACCAUCGUCUUUCGUUCAAAGAUUAGCUCUGCCGAUCUAGGAUCUAGAUACCUUGACAAAGUACAUUCGUUUAAACAAGCACAACCACUAAACACCAACCACUAUCAUGAGGUCUUCAGGAAUCAUCGUCGCUGCUGCGGCUGCUGUCGCCAACGCUCACUACGAGAACCCUCACGUCGGCUUCACUACUGUCUACGCCCAUCCAGCCAACGUUACCAAGACUACUGAGUACACUACCAGCACGGUCUACAGCACCAAGACCUAUACCAUCACUCAGUGCCCCCCUACUGUUGUCGACUGCCCCGUGGGCCAUGUCACUACCGAGACCAUCGCCGUUUCCACAACUGUCUGCCCUGUCACUGAAGUCCCUACUGAGCCCAGCAAGCCUCACGAGCCUGUUUACCCCAACCCUACCGAGCCCAAGCCUCAUGAGCCUGUACCUACUCACCCGGGUCAGGAUGUUAUCACCAAGACUCAGACCUACGCCUACCCUCAUCCUACCAACCCUGGCCAGAGCGUGACCAAGACCAUCACUUACACCGUCCCCAAGGACCAUGGCCACAACGCUACUGCUGUCAACCCUCCUCCUCAUACCUAUCACCCUGUUCCUACUGGUGGUGCUCCCGUCUACCAUAAUGGAACCACUCCCGGUUAUCCCGGUAACCAUGGUGGAAAGACUCCUCAGGGUGAGGAGAGCGGCAACGACGAUGGCACUGACAACGGUUCCCAUGGCAGCAGCAGCAGCGGCAGCAAGGGAGGCAACGGUGGCUCCGAAUCGGAGGACCACGAGCCUUCCACAUCCUCUGAUGUCCCUGAGACUGUCCAAAAUGCUGGGGCUCACAUGAACGCCGUCACUGGCCUGCUCGCCAUUGUUGGCUUCGCCGCCGCCUAUCUGAUCUAAGAUGGACAAUUUUUGGUCUGCUGACCACAACACUUUUAUAAACUUCUUACGAUCCUUACAUGAUGCAUGAAAGCAUGGCAUUUGGGCAUGAUUUGAUUUUGUUUGCGAAAGCGAACGGCGUUUACAAACAGGGGUUAUUUCCGCUACGGAUACCAAUGGAUUGGGCCUAGCGAUGACGGGAUUGGGGAUGCAUUAUAUGAGAUCCGAAAGCACAUGCACACGACUUAUAUACUAAUUUCUACAUUUAAUACUAGCGACCAUUCAUUUAGACUAGACUUUGAUUCACAUUAUACCUAAAAAGGGUGCUUUUUUUUAUUUUUUUAUUUUUAAACAAAUAUAUAUAUAGACGGUUGCUAAGACACAUAUACUAUUCCACAGUUCUAUUGACCUCGAUUUGUUGCACUAAAGCA